GACAGCUGAGCCUCUCUUUUUUGUACUGAAAGUUCCUCCCAUUUUUUUCCUCUCAUUUCAUUUACAUUAUAAAUACUAACUCCAAUUUUUUUCUGUAAUAAAUUCUCUAGUAAAGCUUAAGGUAUAGGUUCUUUUUUUUUGGUCCUAAAAUAUCAGAUAAUGGAAACUUCAAGAAAAGAUAUGAGUCAUAAGAUUUCAAGAAAGAUUGAUGAACAUGAAGAUAUUUUGGCUAUGGAGGAAUCUCAGCAUCCUCGAUCAAAGAGCAUAGAAUGGACCGAUGAGAAGCAUAGUUCGUAUCUCAAGUCAAUGGAAGCAUCCUUUGUCGAACAAUUAUACGGUUCACUAGACUUAGUUGGUUGGCAUUCCCAAAAUGACUUGUCAAAGUCUAAAUCCUUGAGGCAAAAGCAUGCCAAUCCUUUAGGCCAGUAUAAGGUGUUUCAAGAUGGUUGUUGGACCAAAAUUGACUUCGGGAAAGACGAGCCACAGCUAAAUAAAACAAAUGAAUCUGGUCGUACCGUUUUAGCAAGCCCCUGGAUUAAACAUUACAAAUCUCAAGGAACACAUCAAAGGAGAGUAAGUUCAAAUCUCCACAAGAACACUCCCUUAGUGAAACAGAAUCAAUCUCCUGCAUCUGAACUUGGUUCGUCCCAUAAAGAUUAUGUUACAGAGGUGAUGGAUCAAAACUUUGUUGAUGAAGAUAUCGAAGAAGGAAAGUCUAGCAGCAGGGAGCACAGCACAAAGCGGACAAAAAUUUCAUUACAUGCUGGUACGAGCAGCGAUCGAGUAGUUCCAUUUCGCGCGUUCUCAAUGACUGAUGAUCAUAUUGCGGAUCUUCUGGAUUCAACGGGGUAAGUCUUUGAGUUUCAGAACUGUGAUGACACUAACCUCUCUAACCAAGAACGACGAAUGGAACUUGAAAGAAGAGCAUUUCCCUUUUUUCGGACUUUAGGAGUAUUAAUGUACUGUUAAAAUGAUUCUGAAGUAAGCAUUUUGGUGGUUGGGAUUGGAUUGAGGUGUACUUUUCUUUAAUAGUUACAUCAAGAAUGUCUGGCAUUGGCAUCUUUAGAAUUAUUUAGGUUCCAACUUUUUACCUGAAGAACAAGCUGGCUAUCAGGUGGCUAGCAGGCUAGGAAUCGCGUUUCAAAGCGUUGCAAUAGGUUGAUCAACAUUUUGCUAUUUUGGACAAGAUUAGUGUU